AUGCUGCGCACGCACCUCUCGAGGUCUGCAGCUCGUUUGGCACGGCGCGGGCAGAGAGCCUUCACCGCCACCGCGACACGACCGGCCGAAGUGCAACUCACAAUCGAUGGCAAACAGGUCUCUAUCGAAGCUGGAUCCGCCCUGAUUCAGGCCUGUGAGAAGGCGGGUGUCGUGAUCCCUCGAUACUGCUACCAUGAAAAGCUCAUGAUUGCGGGGAAUUGCCGCAUGUGUUUGGUCGAAGUCGAAAGAGCCCCCAAACCAGUGGCAUCAUGUGCUUGGCCGGUGCAGCCGGGUAUGGUCGUCAAGACAGACUCGGCACUGACGCACAAAGCAAGAGAGGGCGUUAUGGAAUUCUUAUUGGCGAAUCAUCCCCUCGACUGUCCCAUCUGCGACCAAGGAGGCGAAUGCGAUCUGCAGGAUCAAUCCAUGCGGUACGGUGCAGACCGGGGACGAUUCCAUGAGGUCGGAGGGAAACGUGCGGUAGAAGACAAAAAUAUUGGGCCGCUGAUCAAAACUUCGAUGAAUCGGUGUAUUCACUGCACAAGAUGCGUACGGUUUGCCAAUGAUGUCGCCGGCGCACCAGAGCUGGGUUCGACGGGACGUGGCAAUGACCUACAAAUUGGAACAUAUUUGGAAACUGCUUUGGAUUCGGAGAUGUCUGGGAAUGUCAUCGAUCUUUGCCCCGUUGGUGCCCUCACAUCAAAGCCUUAUGCUUUCAGAGCGCGCCCCUGGGAGCUACAACAUGCGGAAUCGGUAGAUGUGAUGGACGCCUUAGGAUCAAAUAUUCGGGUAGAUUCCCGGGGUCUUGAGGUCAUGAGGGUACUUCCACGGCUCAACGAUGAUAUCAAUGAAGAGUGGAUCAACGACAAAUCUCGCUUUGCAUGCGAUGGACUGAAAACACAGCGGUUGACUACACCGUUGAUACGGCGGAAUAAUCAAUUCCAACCAGCAUCCUGGGAACAAGCUCUCGUCGAAAUUGGCACUGCCUACUCAAAGCUUGCCCCCAAGGCAAACGAGUUCAAGGUCAUAGCCGGUCAUCUCGUGGAAACAGAGACACUCGUUGCGAUGAAAGAUCUCGCCAACAAGCUCAACUCCGACAACCUGGCUCUUGAUCAGCCUGGGGGCGACAAACCCCUUGCACAUGGCAUCGACGUCCGGUCGAAUUAUCUUUUCAACAGCAAGAUCUUCGGCGUCGAAGAAGCUGAUGCAAUCCUCCUCGUCGGCACAAACCCUAGGCAUGAAGCAGCUGGUCUCAAUGCGCGAAUACGAAAGCAAUGGCUCCGGUCAGAUCUAGAAAUCGGGCUAGUAGGUGAACCAUUCGAAAGCACCUUCGACUUCGAGCAUCUCGGUACCUCUGCAUCGGACCUGAAGAAGGCUCUCGCCGGUCCAUUCGGCAAAACGCUCCAAUCCGCACAAAGACCCUUGAUUAUAGUCGGCAGUCUAGCGACUGAACACCCAGACUCGAAAGCCAUCUUUGAGAUAGUCGGCAGCUUCGUCGAUAAGAACACCUCAAACUUCAUCACCCCCGAAUGGCAAGGCUACAAUGUUCUCCAGCGCGCUGCUUCCCGCGCUGGUGCAUACGACAUUGGCUUUACCGUCCCGUCUCCCGCCGUCGCCGAGACGAAACCUAAGAUCAUAUGGCUGCUCGGCGCUGACGAAAUCACUGAUUCAGACAUUCCAAAGGACGCAUUCGUAGUCUACCAGGGCCACCAUGGUGAUCGAGGUGCACAGCUCGCAGAUGUCGUUCUCCCUGGCUCUGCUUACACGGAGAAGAACGUCACCUACGUAAAUACAGAAGGGAGGACGCAGAUGAGUAGAGCAGCGACCUCGAUGCCUGGUGCUGCGAGAGAUGAUUGGAAGAUCAUCAGAGCAGCUAGCGAGUACCUCGGUGCUCCCUUGCCAUAUGAUGACGUGGAAGCACUGAGGGAUCGGAUGGAAGAGAUCAGUCCGACGUUGAGACGCUACGACAUUGCUGAGGGCUCAGGCCUACCUCAAUUGUCAAAGGUCCAGCUUGUGGAUCAAAACAAAGGAUCGAGAAUUGAGGGCAAGCCUUUUGGGAAGGCAAUUGAGAAUUUCUAUUUCACGGAUGUAAUUUCGAGGAGUUCUCCGACGAUGGCUCGUUGUGCGGCUGCCAAAGAACAAAAGAACCCAGAGACGAAUUUUAUGGCACCUGGUGAGCCUCACAGCCAGGCAGAGUAUGGUCCUCCAGAAAAGCAAAUAUCAGCAUAUAUGUAA